GUUAGAGGAUUCUUCAUUAGAUGACAGCAGGGUGUGCGAACACAUCAUGGCUGUGGAUGUGCGAUUUUUCAACUGCUCAAGUUUAUUAGUGAUUUUUUAUAUAUUAACAAAUUUUUUAUUAUGUAGUGCAAAUAUUCCACAUCGUAAAUUUGAAUAUAAAUAUUCGUUUAAACCCCCAUAUCUAGCGCAAAAAGAUGGUACUGUACCAUUUUGGGAAUACGGUGGAUAUACAAUCGCUAGUGCGGAAAAUGUUCGAAUUGUACCAUCGUUAAAAAGUCAAAAAGGUGCAAUAUGGACUGUACAACCAACAAAUUUCGAUUGGUGGGAAGUCGAAAUUGUUUUCCGAAUUACGGGACGUGGUCGAAUUGGAGCCGAUGGAUUGGCUUUUUGGUAUACGUCAAAUAAAGGUGCUUAUGGUGGAGAUGUUUUUGGAUCGUCUGAUAAAUGGAAUGGUUUAGGAAUAUUCUUCGAUUCAUUUGAUAAUGAUAAUAAGCAUAAUAAUCCAUAUAUUUACGCAAUUGUAAAUGAUGGAACGAAAGCUUUCGAUCAUCAAAAUGACGGAAUGACACAAGCAAUCGCAGGCUGUUUACGUGAUUUCCGUAACAAACCAUUCCCAACGAAAGCAAGAAUUGAAUACUAUCAAAAUACUUUAACCGUUUCAUUCCAUAAUGGAAUGACAAAUAACGAACAAGAUUUUGAAAUGUGUUUACGUGCCGAAAAUGUUUACUUACCAAAGAAUGGUUACUUUGGUUUGUCAGCUGCUACAGGUGGUUUAGCGGAUGAUCAUGAUGUAUUCCAUUUCUUAACAACUAGCUUGUAUCCACCUGGCCAAUUUCCAGAUCAUACAGCUGGAGCUGGAACGCCUGUUAACGAAGAAGAGCAAUUGAAAUUAAAUCAGGAAUAUCAGGAUUACCAGAAAAAAUUAGAACAACAGCAAGAUGACUAUCGAAAGGAACAUCCUGAUCAGGUACCAAAACAUAAACAAGAAGAAUUAGAUGAAUGGUAUGAAACAGAUAAUCAACGUGAAUUAAGGCAAAUAUUCCAAGGUCAAUCUUCGAUAUUUGAAUCGAUACGUGAAUUAAAUCGUAAACUAGAUGAAGUUGUUGGACGACAAGAGCGUACACUAAGUUUAUUAUCAGCAACAGCGGGUAGUGUUCAAGUUCCAGUGGGAGGCGGUGUUCCACCUCCACCGGCAGGUGGCGCGGGUUAUGUUGAUACAAUACGUAGACAUGAAGUAGAUGCUAUCUUGACCAAUCAAAAUACAAUUGUUCAGACAGCUCGAGAAAUUAAGAAUUUUGUGACUGAUAUUAAAGCACGAUCCGAUCAAAUUAUAAAUACGCAAGCGCGUCAACCAACAGCUCAAGUUCAAUCAGUUGGCUAUGAUAUGCAAUCAGUUGUAAAUGAAAUGCGUGAUGGAUUGAAUCAUGUUAAACAGAGUAUAAAUUCCGUGGCACAAGUAUUAAAUAGACCUGGUGGUGCACAAGCACAAGUUGCUCCAUGUCCCACACAAUCGUGUGUGUCUGUUACAACAUUCUUAGUCAUUGCAGUUGUUCAAUUGGUUGUUACACUGGGAUAUCAAAUUUACAAGGACAGCAAAAAUACACAAUCAAAGAAAUUCUAUUGAAUGGAAAAAGACUAGUUAAUUGUUGAAAAUUAAAAAAAAAAAUAUUGUUUGAAAUUUUUUUAUAUGAAGCAAAAACUCAUCCUACUUUGUACCAUUUAAGUUCUUCCUUCCUACAAAUAUAUUAAGUAGAAAUUUUU